AUGGCGCAGCGGGAGAAUCUGCCAUGGACACAACAAUUGCACCUCGAGACACAAGCAGACAAAGGCAACGUCGACGAUGAGGUCGCCGUCCUCAGUCCUCCGGCUGAAAAGCGGCCGUCGUUCAGCACUGCGGGGACGAGUCAAGACACAAUUCGGGCAACGCCGCCCAUAGCAAUACCUUCAGCAUCCGACGAGCAACUAAGCAAUGGCGUCGAGGAAGAUGGUACCUACAUGGAGCGCUUUAUGCGCACCCGGAAGCCCUCUAUCAGCUUCAAUAGUGAACUCAAGCUUGACUGUGGCCAAACGCAAAGCAUCGACCAGCCGCUUAAAAAGCCGCCCACAAACCAACAACGGGGGCGCUCUAUGCUGCAGGUCCUCAAUGCUGAAGCCCGGAAAUCUCGCGCUCACAGCGACAGCGAUCGUGAGAGGUACGAUCCCAUCACUGGGAGGCAUCUGCCCAAGUAUUCCACUUCACCAACACGCGAACAACCAAGGAUCGGCGAAGCUAGGUUCCCUGUCCUGCAAACGACAGUGGACGAAAUGGCUCGCGAAUCGCAGACACACGUACCUACGAUGUCCUCCCUGACAUCGGAAUCGACCGCUUCACCCACAGAGGAGGUUCAUACACCUACGGAAACCGACAACAUCUCGCCCAUCAUCAACCGUGCUGCCUUCUCGUUUGAGGAGAAGCCUUUCAAGCGGACGGCUUCCCAGCGCUGGCGUGAAGCUCAAAGUAACGGUACCUCUCAAGAGAACUUCUUCACCAGAGCUGGUAGUCUCAAACAUGUUGGAAGCAUUGGUCGCGCUUUCAGUAGUCCACGCCUUGCGAGGAGAGAGACUGCCACGGGGGCUAGAUCACCCCGUUCGGCAGCAUCAUCAUACCUCCGGGCAUUCUCCAUGAGCAGCAGCACCGAUGGCGAUGGCAGCGAAGGUGCUCCUCCUGCUGUCGACGCCGAGGGCCAGACCAUCGGUGAGGAUUACGUCAUCGGCAAGCAGAUCGGCUGGGGAGGGUUCUCCGUCAUCAAGGAAGUCACUCAGAUCAAGGAGAGCACACAGCGAAAGCUGGCCGUCAAGAUCGUGCGUCGACAUGUGGAGGGCAAGUCCGACAAUGACAACGAACAAGUUCAGGCCGAGUUCGAGCACGAGGUCGAGUUGUGGCGCUUCCUCGAUCAUCCUCACGUUCUGCCAUUAGAGGCUGUCUAUAAGCUCGACGAAGCCACUUUUUGCUUCAUCCCACUCAGCACAGGAGGGACGCUUUUCGACUUAGUGCGUAGUAACCGACAAGGCAUCGCUCCAGAUGUUGCCGGAGACUACACUCAUCAAAUCGCCUCUGCACUCCGCUAUCUACACCAGGAUGCGCGAGUCGUUCAUCGAGACGUCAAACUUGAAAACUGUCUAUUGGAUCGGCAUCCUUCACAUCCUAACGGGCUAAUUCGCCUCUGCGAUUUUGGCAUGGCAGAGUGGAUAUCGAGAGAUGAGGGCGAAGGCAGCUCCUCAGGACCGCCAUCUCCCUUGGCCAACAACGUGGACCGACCACCUCAAAGGCAUAUUGGUCCAGCUGGCAGUUCAACAUCUGCCUUUACCGGCGGAAGUCUCGAGUAUGCCGCGCCCGAGAUUCUUCGUCUAUCUCGAGCACUUGCCCAUCCUGACAAUCAGGCCGCAGGCCGUGAGCACGAUGCCGAAAGGUCUAUAGUCUCGCCAUCAGUCGACAUUUGGGCUCUCGGCGUUUGUAUAUACUCGCUCAUCGUCGGAUCACGCCCAUUCCACAACACAUUCCAGCCUCGAGUGGUCAUGUCCAUCUUGGCUGGCGACUGGGACGUUGAACGUCUCGCCUCGAAGGGCGGCGACGACGUUGUGGAGUGCGUCAAAGGCUGCCUCGAAAUGGAGUCCUCCGAUCGAUGGGAUGUCCUGCAAGUCCUCGAGUCCACUUGGCUAAGUCAUCUUGGUUUCGCCGGCGAAGAGGACAGUCCGUGGAAGCUUUGA